AUCCCGCUCCGAGUUUUAACACUCUUUCGAAUGCUGUCUGUUUGUGCGCUGGAAUCGAACACAUCUAAAUUUGUGCCACUUUGCCGGCUCAACAUCACCGGGUUACCUUGCCUCGAAUAUUAACUCUUUGUUUUUAAUUUUAUUUCUGCAAAUAGAAAAUUUUUUUUGCCGUCGUCUUUCUACAUUAGUUGGCGAACUGUUUUUGUUUGAUUAGUUGCGAAAAUGAUGCGGAUCCUUGCUUGUGUUCUCUUUAUAUGUGCUGGGAGUGCCUUUGCCCAAUUUGAUGAUGAACUUGAAGAAGUGCCCUCAACGCAUAUGCCUCAUUUACUUUCAACUACCACAUUUGUAGAAGCAACAAUAGGAGAAACUGUAGAAUUUCCAUGUGCUGUUGACGAUCUAGGUGACUUUGUACUUAUUUGGAAGAAAGAGAAGAACAACAUCUUAUUUGCUGGAGAACUAAGAAUCAUUCGAGAUGAUCGAAUUAAAGUCGAUAAAACAUCGUUAGUGAUCUCAAACAUCCAUCCCAAAGAUACUGGGGAAUACAUUUGUCAAAUAAGUACAAAUCCACCUCUAGAGCUGUCACACAGCUUAGAUGUUUUGUAUCCGCCAUCAGUGAAACCUCAUCCGAAAGAUGGCUUAGUUACUGUGAAAGAGGGUGAAACAGUUACUUUAAAAUGCGAUGCAUCUGGCAAUCCUAAGCCUACUAUCACAUGGAAACAUGCAGGUCGACAUUAUGAUAACGGUGAUGGCUCAAGUUUCCACAUUAGCAGUGCUCAAAUAGAAGAUUCUGGAGAAUAUGAAUGCAUUGCUGAUAAUUCUGUGGGAGAUCCUGCUUCUGCUGUGAUAACCGUGGAAGUUGUUUCUGCUCCUAAAGUGUACCCUGAUCCUAAAAGUGGCCUUGUAGUUGUGAAGGAAGGUGAGCCGAUUGAAAUUGGAUGUGAAGCAACUGGAGAUCCAACACCUGUUAUUUCAUGGAAAAAACCUGGUUUAGACAAGGCUAUCAAAGUUCGUGAAGGAAAUAAAAUCGUGAUAUCUGAGGCUGAUCGAAGUCAUGCUGGUUCUUAUGAAUGCAUAGCAAACAAUUCUUUGGGAAUUUUCACAUCUGCUAUUAUUAGAGUGCAAGUCUUGUAUGCUCCUGAAAUUGAAACCCCCCAUCCAUGGAUUCAUGCUGGAGAAGGGACCAAUGUAAAUAUUUCUUGUAUUGUUCGAGGAGAGCCUGUUCCUUCUAUGAUGUGGAAGAAAGCUGAUGGUCAGACUAUUCACAGUGAUGACCAUUAUCGUGUUAUGUCCAAUGGCCACCAUCAUACAUUAGAGGUUCUUAACUUGCAAGAAGAAGAUUUCGGUCGUUAUGAAUGUCUGGCUAGUAAUUCCCUGAGCAGCACUUCAGAGAAUGUGCACAUUAUUGGCACACCUCAAGUUCCUAAAUUCACUAGUAAACCUCAUGGCACUCAGGGAACAAAGUACACUAUUUCAUGGACGGUGGAUUCUCACACUCCUGUUGAUGAGUAUUCUUUGAUGUAUCGAAAGAAAUCUAGCACUGGAGAAUGGGAAUCCAAAACAGUUCCAGCCUCAGAGACCAGGGAAGGUACUGCCCAUACACAAAUGUUUCAGCUGCUUGACCUUGAACCUGCAACUUCUUAUGAAGCUGUUGUAACUGCAAGGAACAAGUUUGGAUGGAGCAAACAGAGUGAUGCUUUUGUUUUCACUACAAAGAGAGAAGAAAUUGUGACAACUCCGCCUUCAGAAGAAACAACAGUGCCUCCCACUGUUCUCGAAAAUGACACUCCUGUUACAAAUGAUAAAACUGCUGAUAAGGUGACUGGCGUAUCGUCCACUUAUACAUUGAGCCUUAUUUCGUUGGUUCCAGUGGCAUUCAUUUCUUUCCGCCGAAUUUUGCUCUAAAUUUCCCUCUCUAGUAAGGUUGCUGGACUAUUGAUUGCUUGGAAAUUAAAGAGCAAAUAAGUGUCUUCGAAGGAAUGUGAUACAGAAAAACCUGUCAUUCCUCCAGAAAAUAUUAGCACCAUAUAUAGUUGCCAUCCACUCAUGUUCUAUGAUGAUAUAUGGUAUUCAGUAUUUGUUAUGUAUAUUUUCUAUCUCCCUGAUAAAAUUUUGCUACCAAAGAAAUAAUCUUAAUUAAAAGGGAUAUUAAAUUUCAUGACUUCAUUGGUUAUUUUAUAUUAAAUAAUUUCUAAUCAGGUUAGUCUAUUUGAUAAGAACAUUUUUGUAAUUUUUUUAUUUUCAACUCGUAAAACUUUAAGAAAUACAUUUUGAAAGUUGUUAAAAGUUAUUGUUUAACUGAAUUUACACGAUUGUGGCUUUUAUUUGGAUCAAGUAUUGUUCGGAAGUUAUUUGAAAGAAAAGAAAUGUGAACAAAUAAAAACAAUCAGACCAAAGGGUUGAAUUUGUCAAGAAGAUAGAAAAUGUCAGUUUGAAGUAAUUUGUGAUGUGUAAAAUUGUGGAAUCAUUUUCGUCUUGUGAUGUUCUUUUGAUGAGUUGUUUAUUUAUUUUUGUAGUCAUUAUAAUUGGAGACUUUUUUACAAGUCAGUCAAAAAUUGUAAGACAUUGCCAUCAGAGAAAUAGUGAGUUCCUAUGUUGGCAAUGUUGAGUAUUCAAAUAAAUUGAACUAAAUUUAAAUUGAAAGUAUGAGCUCACAAGAUUUUUGAAAAGCAACUAUUUUUGAGUGUUUCUAUUAAUAACAUUUACCUAAUUCAUUUUGUCAGUCUUUCAACUAGAACUAUUUCAAAGGCAAUACAUCUUUAAAUAUCAUUAGCCAGUUUUAUCUUAAAGGUGUGUAAGUAACUUUGUGUAUAAUACUGAUCUCUGAAAAGCAACUUAGGAUUUGUUUAUUAUAAUCUAUUAAUGAUAUUAUGAAUAAAAAUAUUUCUUUAAAAUAUUAAUUUAUGCUGUAUUUAACAUUGAUAUUGCAAAUAAUUUUUGAAAAAUUAUCAUUUGGUUAAGGAGUCACAUAUUACUGAUUAUUUUUAUUGUAUUAUAUUUAUACUUUAUGAUAAACUAUAAUAGUUUAUGUGUGAUAGAAUUGUGUUUCAAAAGUGGUAGCUUCAAAUGGAUGUAAAUGCACAUUAAGAAAUUUUAUUUGUAUAAUUUUUCAGCUUUUUAAAACUUGAAAUUGUUUUGCAUUAAUCAUCUUUAUUCUCAAUGUAAAGUUUUCAAUCUUGACUAUAUUUCAAGAGUAGCAAUAAUUUCGAAUUUCAAUCAAAUGAAAUUUGUAAUUCAACUAAUAUGCAAUAGAAUUGAAUUUGUGUGAUAAAUGGACAAAAAGUGUGGUGCUUUGCUUAGGGAAGUUCAGUCUCAAGUAUCCGUAACAUUUUAAUUAUGAAAUCUACAGAAAUUCAGCAAUUGCUUAAAGAGCUAUGCUUAUUAGUAAAACAAAUAGAUUUUUUUGUAGUUCUAAAAUUGUAAAGUCUUUUAAAAAUGUAUACAUGCUGUUUCAGAUUGAUUUGUUAAUGUGUUCUUUUUGAUUCAUUUGUCAAAAUAUGUACAACUUUGAAACAAAUAUGUCACCUGUAGUUAUUCAUUUCAUCCAUAUUUUUCAAUUAUUUCCAAAGCACAUAAAGCUGUUUCACUUAGAUUUUCAUUU